AUGAAUGUAACAGAGGAUUACAAGUAUAUAUUCAAGUUUUUGAUUAUUGGAGCUGCAGGCUCUGGCAAGACAUGUAUCCUACGGAGGUAUACAGAAGGCAAAUUUAUACCAAAUAUGCCGCAUACAAUUGGUGCAGAGUUUGGCAGUAAAAUUUUAAAUGUGGAUGGGACGUCGGUGAAAAUUCAAAUAUGGGAUACUGCAGGUCAAGAACGUUUUCGAUCAAUGGCUCGUUCUUAUUAUCAUGAUGCUGUUGGUGCAUUACUUGUCUAUGAUAUAACAAAUCGUGAUUCAUUUAAUGAACUUACCCAUUGGUUGUCGGAUGCUCGAACACUUGCUUCACCUGAUAUUAUGAUUGUAUUGGUUGGAAAUAAAAAAGAUUUACAGGAUACUGAUGGACAAGUAACACAAUGGGAAGCUAGUGCAUUUGCUCAAGAUAACGAUUUAUACUUUUUAGAAACAUCUGCAUUAACUGGUGAAAAUAUUGAUGAAGCUUUUAAUCAAUGUGUACGUAAUUUAAUAAUAAAAAUUAAUAAUGGUGAAUUAGAUCCUGAUCGAUUAAUAAAGUGUACACGACAACCACAUAGUGGUAUUUUAACAUUUAAUGAACGUCCUAAAUUGACCUCUUUACCACAAGUCCGUGUACAAAAUGAUUCAACACUUUCUUAUGAAUGUAAUUGUUAG